AUGGUUCGCUUAUCAUCGACGCUGGCCUUUGCGGCCGGCUUCCUAUCAACGCCGUCAAUGGUCUCGGGCCUCUCAACGUCGGACAUCCCAGCCGACACCCCCAUCUCUGCUCUCCUAGCCUCGGCGCAAAGUCACCUGUCAAAGGGCGAAACGAACGACGCCCUCGUCUACUACGAUGCAGCUAUCGCCAGAGAUCCCUCCAACUACUUGACCUUGUUCAAGCGCGCCACAACCUACCUUUCUCUCGGCCGCAGAUCACAGGCCACCGAUGAUUUCGAGAAGGUGCUUUCGAUCAAGCCAACUUUCGAGGGUGCGCACCUUCAGCUAGGAAAACUGCGCGCCAGCGCCGCCGACUGGGACGGAGCAAAGCUUCACUACAAGAAGGCCAAGAAGACAGAGGAGGUUGCCGCAGUUGAGGCGGCCAAGGCGGCGGCAAAGGCUGCUGAAGCAGCAGCCAAGGCUGGGAACUGGGAAGAGUGUGUCAAGCAGGCCGACGAUGCCAUCCUGACGGCGAACAGGGCGAUUCACUUGCGCGAGCUUCGCAAGGACUGCGCGUUUGAGAGGGGAGCCGUGGAAAGGGGUAUUGCUGACCUGCAGCACAUCCUCCAAAUGCAACCUGGCAACACGAAGCCAUACGUCCAGAUCUCAGCCAUCACAUUCUACGCGCUCGGAAACCUCGAGGACGGCGCGACAGCUAUCAGGAAGUGCCUGCACUCUGACCCUGACAACAAGGUGUGCAAGCGGCUGUUGAGGGAGGAGAAGGCGACCAUCAAAGUCAUGGAGAAGGUGAAGAAGGCCUUGGACAAGGGGCAGCAGAUGACUGCUGUGCGGCAACUCGUACCUACGAGCGACAGUGAAGGCUUGAUCAAGGAGGUGAAGGACCAGGUCCACAGUCUGCGGGAAGAUGGCUCGAUACCGAAGGCAGCUCCAAAUGAACUGCUUUCAAGGUUAGUUGAGAUGGCGUGCCAGGCGUAUUACGAGUCCAACAGCAAAAAGGCCAAGGAAUACUGCGAAGAGUCCCUCACUCUAAAUGAGAACUCUUUCUUUGGUCUUCUCUACAAGGCCAAACACCUCCUCGACAAGGAAGAGUACGAAGCUUCCAUCAACACUCUCCAAAAGGCUGCCGAGGCUCGCCCUGACAAGGAAGACCUUGUCAAUCCUCUGAUGCAAAAGGCCCAGGUUGCCCUCAAACGCGCCAAGACCAAGGACUACUACAAGGUCCUUGGUGUUGCUCAUGACGCCGACGAACGCCAGAUCAAGUCUGCUUACCGCAAGCUCUCCAAAGUUCACCACCCCGACAAGGCCGCCAAACAAGGGCUUACCAAGGAGGAAGCCGAGAAGAAGAUGGCGAGCAUCAACGAGGCGUACGAGGUUCUCAGCGACCCCGAGCUCAGGGCACGGUUCGACAGGGGUGACGACCCGAACAGCCACGAGCAGCAGCAGCAGUAUCACCACGGGCAUCCAUUCGGAGGCGGCCACCCAUUCAUGUACCAGCAAGGCGGCAGCGGAGGCGGUGGUGGGCAACAGUUCCAUUUCAAGUUUGGUCCUGGAGGAGGGUCAGGGUUCCCAUUCGGGAUGUAG